AUGUCUCAAUCCUCCACUGAUCCUCACUUUUCCACAACCACCACGGAAGCAACAAUCUACAAGCUCACAUUCUUCACGCCCCCGACAGCCACCCAAUCGUGCGUGUCGGCCCUCCACGCCGUCGGCGUAGGGGUGUGGCCCAACCCGCCCCUCGCGUCCAGCGCCAAAGACACGUCUCCUCCGAAAUACAUCGACAGCGCCUUCGUCUCGCGAGGGAGCGGGCAGUUCAAGCCGUCCGCGCACGCGAACCCGCAUAUCGGCACCCCGGGGGAGGUCGAGGUCGUCGAGGAGGACAAGGUCGAUAUGGUCGUCGUGGGGACGGAGACCGUUCGUAAAGCGGUGGCCGAGUUGAGGAGGGUGCAUCCUUAUGAGGUUGUGGGCUUGUUUGUGGUAAGGUGUGAAGAUUUUUGA